AUGGGUUUCGCAUUCUGGAAAGGCAACCAAUUCCCUGUGGAGGGCAGAACGGUUCUACUUACCGGCUCCUCUCAAGGAAUGGGCUGCGAAAUCGCCCGUCUCCUCUCCGCGCGCGGCGCAAACCUCAUCCUCGUCGCACGUACCGCGAAGAACCUCGAAUCCGCCCUAGCCCACGCGAAAGCCCAUGCCAAGAACCCCUCGACCCAACGCUUCACCUACAUCGCCGCCGACGUGACCUCCGAGUCUGAGAACACGCGCAUUCUGAAGGAAGCUACAGCAUGGAACAAUGGACGCGUGCCGGAGAUAGUUUGGUGUGUCGCGGGGUCUUCAGUACCAGGCCUCUUCAUCGAGACGAGCACUGAGACGCUGAGGAGACAAAUGGAGCUCAACUACUUUGCGUCGGCAUACAUGGCACACAAGACACUGCAGGCAUGGUUUUACCCCGAAGUACCGUACAAGCCGCAAGAAAAGGGUACUGCUCCAGAACUACCUCGCAAAUUCAUCAUGACCUCGUCCGCGCUCGCUUUCAUGAACCUCGCAGGCUACUCGGCCUACUCCCCCGCCAAAGCCGCAAUUCGAUCCCUCGCCGACGGCCUCCGCUCCGAAGUCCAGCUCUACAACGCGGCGCGUCGCUCCAAGACGAGUAGCACCGGUGUUGUACCCGCACCUUUCGACGUCGAUAUCCACAUUGUCUUCCCAGGCAGCAUACUAUCCCCCGGUUUCGAGAACGAGAACAAGACGAAACAUCCCGUGAGCUUUGAGCUAGAGUCUUCCGACCCAAAGCAGACUGAGCUGGAAGCUGCGACAGCGGCGGUCAAGGGACUGGAAGGGGGAGAUUUCAUGACUCCUACAAACUGGCUCGUGCAUCUGAUGCGUUAUGGCUCCAUGUCCGGUAGCCAGAGGAACAACGUGGUUGUCGAUACUAUCGGAGCAUGGGUUGCGACAAUCAUCUGGUUGGUCAUGGUGCCGGAUCUGAAUGGCAAAGUCUGGGCUUGGGGCAAGAAGAAUGGUAUGAGCGUGUUCAGGCCAAAUGCGCAGUAG